AUGGACACGUUCGUGAAGAGCGAUCCCAACACUUCAUCAUCCUCUUUGUCCGGCUCUCGGUAUAUCCCCUCAACUCCUUCGACUAGCGGGAACUCCAAGGCCGGGGGUAGCCUGAGCUCCAGCACACGUGUGGGCAAGCACGCAUUAUCACCGAACAUGGAGAUGGAGAGGAGGAGAUCGAAAUGGAUGGACAACAGCAAGGUGCAUGAGGUGACAGACUACGAUAUAGAGCUGACGGACGAUGAGGUGGAGGCAGAGAUUGUGCCUAAUGAUGACAUUCCGGGUGAGGUCAUCGAGAUUGUCGAAGGCAAAGAGAUCUACUACAUAAUGUAG